CUUGACAUGACCGAAAUUGGCAAAGUGGGUAUGGAAAGAUUUGAUCCACGGGACCAAUACAAGCGCUUGGUUUCUUGCGCCAUGAAGGCUCUAAAACUUAUGGACGAGUCCGGCGAGAUGGACACGAAGAGGUCCUCAGACCUGGUCGACAGCAUGAUGAAGGGUCGCGCUCCUGAAGAGGCCCUUCAAGCGAAAACAGUGUUAAUGGAGUGUGCAGAAAAACAAAAGCGGAAAAGUUUCAAGGGAUAUGAAGUAGCGGGUUGUAUCGCAGAUUAUAUGAUGAAAGCUAAGGACAACUGGACUAGCUUUAGUUUUUAAUAUUAUGUAACAUUCACUGACGACACAGAGCCUGCAUUCCGUUUUAUUGUCUUUUAAUAAAGUUUGGGUGUUUAGAUA